UCGAUCUUGGAAAUGACGCUGUCAUUGUUGACCACGUCAUGCCUAACCACCUGCCGCAAUUGUAAUAACGGGCAGUCAGAAUUAGUGGCAGAUUAUGUAAUUGUACAGUUUAAUUUUUCGAAGGCUAUGAAAUCGAAGGAGAUAACGCGAGUUAUCGUAUCGUUGGCGCAGAAGCAGACUCGAUAACUCGAAUAGGCAUUUGGUUGAGUGCAAACGCGACAGAAUGGCGGAGGGACCGGAAUUAACUUUCUUCGAUUUGCGUACGGUGCACGAUCACUUCGACCAAGCUCUCACGGAAAAUGAUGAUAUCGUUUUGAAAGCGUAUCUAGACGCUUACAAUGAACUCUACAAAUUUUUUCAACUAAUGGGCAGUGUCUUUAGUUUUGUUUCUUCUGAUCUGAAGCAAAAGAUAGACAUCCUGUCUAAUUUGUUAAACAAAGAUGAUGAGCAGUAUGUCACUGUCAAAUCUAUGAUUGAGUACGAGAAGGAAAACAAACUGCUGGAAAAAUCUGACUUUGUCAAUGGCGCACGUACUUUAUUACGACUACAUAGAGGUUUAGACUUUAUUAGAGAAUUUUUGCGGCAACUGGGUGAUCUCUCAGAUGGUGACAAAACAUCUAGUUGUUGUCAGGAAGCAUACAAUAAAACCCUGGCAAAGUAUCAUCCAUGGGUGAUCCGGAAGGCUGCGAUAGUUGCCAUGUAUGCUAUGCCUAAUAGAGAGGCUCUAUUAAAAAAGGUCUGUGGUGAAAAUGUUCAACGCAACAUAGAUAUUCUGCCAAAAAUGUUGGAGAUCACUGCCGAUGUGUAUAAUCGUACUGAUAGCAUUUAUGAAACUUAUCAGCUGCAUGCUCUACCGUAAGUGAUUGUAGCAAAUAUAAAAAUGAUACAUUCAUUCGCACGAUAUUUCUAGUUUCUCGAAGCACCGCACGCGACAUUCCAUAUUCUCAAGAUAUUGUGAUAUUAUUGUGGUAUAAGAUAUUGUACAAUUAGUACUAUUGAUAUAAUAAAUAAGCACAUCCAAUUUUGAAGGAAUAUAUAUUACAUUACGCGCGAUACUUACACACUUAUUAUACGUACUGACAACGUACAAAUAAUAGUCAUAUAGAUUAAAUAAGAUGUAUUACACAAUCUUGUCAUUUUAGCUAUGUAUGCAUUAUUAUAAGCGCAAAAUUGAUUUUACUG